AUGGGUAAGCUCGACGGCAAGGUAGCCCUCAUCAGCGGCGGCGCGCGCGGACAGGGCGCAGCCGAAGCACGACUAUUCUCGCAGGAAGGCGCAAAAGUCGUGCUCUGCGACAUCCUCGACGAGCAGGGACAGCAGGUCGAAGCCGAAAUCAACGAACUCGGCGGCGACGCCCUCUACAUCCACCUCGAUGUUGCCAAUGAAUCCGAAUGGGAAAGCGCCGUCGCAGCCACCAUCAGCAAGUACGGCAAACUCGACAUCCUCGUCAACAACGCCGCCAUCGUCAUCCAGAAAUCUGCCAUCGAAGACCGCACCGCCGACGAGUGGGACCGCAUCUUCGAGGUCAACGCAAAGGGCGUCUUCCUCGGCACAAAGCAUGCCAUCCCCGAAAUGCGAAAGGCAGGCGGUGGCUCCAUCGUCAACAUCUCAUCCGUCGCCGGCAUCGGUCAGAGCCAGCACCAGGAACCCGCCUAUGCAGCCAGUAAGGGUGCAGUCCGCAUCUUCAGCAAGGUAACCGCAUCCCAGCACGCCAUUGACGGCAUACGAUGCAACUCCGUUCACCCCGGCCCCAUCGACACCGACAUGAUUCAAUCGGCUAUGAGCGACCCUGCCCGUCUUGAAGCGCGCCUCGAACGCGUUCCGAUGCGUCGCCUUGGCACCGUUGACGAAAUCGCCAAAGGCGUCCUCUACCUAGCCUCCGACGACUCCUCCUACGUAACCGGCUCCGAGCUAGUCAUAGACGGCGGCGCAAUCUCGAUGUAG